AUGCCCUCCACACGACUAUCUAUUCCUACGACCCUCGUCACGUCACCAACACCGGAUCCCUCCCCCAUUGUACAAACCCCGUCCAAUAAGGGCAAACGCAAGGCAGAUGAAGUCGAUGGAAACACUCCACCCGACGCCAGAAAAGCUACCUUUGCAGCAUCUCCGCGACCUUUGCGUGCAUCAAACGCCACCUCAAAUGCUCCCUCGUCGUAUCAUCGGCAGCCAAAACGGGCUCGUCUUUCCACCCAAUCUGAAGACACUACCAACCGACCUGACACAGCCGCUACUGUGGGCUCCUGGUCUAGUCGGCGCUCAAACCAACGUCCGCUGUCCCGGUCACAGUCUCUCUCGCAACAGUCUUCACUACAUCGUGCCUCUUCUAGGCGGUCGCUCUCCCAGUCGUCAAUUCCAAUAUCAGCAUUGAUUUCUCCGCAUGCUCCAUCCAUUGCUUUGUCGUCUGGACAUAACGCUUUCCACAUGCGCGACCCCCACAAGCCACCUAAAGUACAACCCACGGGUUGGACGUUAGCCAUGGGCGAAAUAGACAUGCAGGGAAGCCACAUAUGGCGCAGCUUCACGGAAACUGGCGGCAGCCCGCUCCAUGCGUGGCUUUUCUUCGUCGGAUUUGUACUUUUCCCCGUCUGGUGGGUGGCUAGCUUUCUGCAGGUCAUUCGCACUCGAACAUUGGGUCACGACACGGAGGGCAAAGGCCAAUCACAGGGUCAGGUUGUACUAGAUGACCCGCAAGUUGAAUUUGAUGCUCGGACUUGGCGCACGCGUUGUCGCAUCAUGGCUGUGAUAUCAUUCUUCACUUACAUCCCGUUCAUUGUGCUCGUUGCGGUGCUUGUGGGAAGAAGGUAG